AUGGAGGUGAAGAACAAGUGGACCAUUGUAGAAGGCACUACACCCGCACCGGAUAGAACUCAUGCGCAGUACUCAGCCUGGAGGAGGUGCAAUCUUAUGAUAUGUUCAUGGAUCUACAAAGCCGUUCAUCCCUUAAUCGCGCAGAGUGUGAUGCACAUUCAAAAUGCGAGAGAAGUAUGGAACAAUCUAAAGAAGCGGUUCUCUCAGCGAGACGCACAUCGGAUCUCAUCUCUGCACUUGGAGAUUCAAAAUCUGAAGCAAGGAGAUAUGUCGGUUAACGACUACUAUACACGCUGCCGGAUCUUAUGGGAACAGAUGAAUGAGCUCAGACCAUUGCCGAUCUGCAUAUGUGUUCCUCAAUGCUCUUGCAACGCAUUUGAUGAAAUCAGAAAUGAGAAGGAGGUUGAUCAGAUCAUCAGUUUUUUGCAAGGAUUGAAUGAAGAAUACAACUCGCUGAAAUCCGGUAUCCUAGUCCUGGAUCCUAUGCCUGAUUUGCACAAAGUAUUGGUCAUGGCUGAGAAAUUCGAAAGGCAAUUGAAGAUCGAGAGUCUGAGCCUAAGCCACCUUGAGGUAAACCAUGCUAAUGCCGUGCAAACUAACCCUGCAGAUGAUCAAGAAGUUGUGGCUGCUGUUGGAUACAACAAUAAUAAAAGGAAUAACAGCUUUGGAACUGGAAAUAAAUCUGCAAAGUGUACCUAUUGUGGCAUGACGGGGCACACAAUUGAGAAGUUCUAUAAAAAGCACGGUUACCCCCCCGGCUGGGUCCAGAUAGGACAGAAUCACCCAACCUCAACAGCUGUUACUCUCACAAAAUCACCACCUGAUGAAGAUUUCUUUGAAACAUAUCAUCCUGUAAAAGGAACAAAAGUCAAUUUGCCUGAUGGAAAGCAAGCAGAGGUCAUGCAUAUGAGGCAUAUAAAACUAAGGGAUGAUCUAAAUCUGGAAAAUGUUCCGCAUAUACCCUCCUUCAACUUUAAUAUCAUUUCUGUUAGUCAGUUGCUUCAAGAAUCAUCUUAUGAACUGAUCUUUAACUCUCAUCAGUGUCUUCUUCGAAGCAACCAUGGGAAGCCGAUUGGUUUUGCUGAGGAAGGAAGUGGCCUAUAUCUGCUCACUGAGACACCUGAAGUACAGACAUCUGUUCAAGAUCAAUAUAUCAUGUCAUGUAGUAAUGAAGUAUGGCAUAAAAGAUUAGGACAUUUUCCGUUCAAUAAAAUGCAUUUACUUGCUGAUAUUAGUGUUUCCCAUUCCAAGAAAGUAGCAUGUGAUAUUUGUCACUUUGCAAAACAUAAGAAAUCCCCUUUUUCCUGUAAGCAGCACUAUGUCAAAGAUUUGUUUUGA